AGGAUGCGGUCGUAGAUGGGGACUGAAUGGCUGUUGGGGUGAUGGCAAACUGGCGGCCACCUGUGCCGGUGAACAAAAAUAAAACCAGGUUGAAAGGAGUGGAUGCGCAAAGCCGGCGCUGCGAAGCGAAGGGACGGACGACGGUCAGCUUUCCAUGCACGACCUUCUUCAUGCGACAAGAGGGUCCAAGCAAUCCCCUUCCCCGAUGCGACGGAGCAGCGAACGGGGCAAAGCCCGCAGCGGCUGGGGCGGUCGCAAGAUGCGAGCCGAAUGCAAUGGCAAGCGCUCACCUCAGCCUUCAGCUGCGCUCGACGUGUGAACGGGGCGUCGCAAAGGGAAGGACACCCUCCAAUAUUUAGAAUUAGCAGCCCAAUGGAAACCGGUUGUCGGCCAGGCGGACUGUCGUC